AUGAAACAGUCACGUGGUCCAAAAGUUAGGCUCAGCUGGCUACGCGAGGUCUACCAGGAAUGCAUCGAGCAGAAGCGUUGGGAGUGUGCUGCUCGGGCAUACUUGUUGCAUCUGCUUGGAUGCACAAUUUUUACGAAUAAGAGUGCGACUCUAAUUCGAGUAUCGUAUCUCCUUCUCUUGCGAGACUUGAAUGCUUGUUCGAGAUAUGCUUGGGGAGCAUCAGCACUUUCACAUACAUAUGAGCAGCUAGGAGAUGCUAGCUUCAGUGAGGUCAGACAGAUAGCUGGAUAUUCCACUCUUCUACAGAGUUGGAUAUAUGAGCACUUUCCUACAAUGGGAAGGAGGCAAGUGUCUGAGAGGUACACAGAACUUGAUCCACGUGCUUCACUAUACAUACCCCCGAGGGGUAAAGAAGUAAAAUUGGGGGUGCAGGAUGAACGUAGUGAGGUGUAG